AUGUCGAGACCAACUUCGAGAACAAGUUUACAUCUUGAGCCACCACCGAAGAGUGUCGAAUUGUUCGAUCCUGGUGCACACGAACUAUCAUCAGAUGGCGAAGACGAAUACUUCUCGGACGCAUCAGAAGGUCGAAAGAGGUUCUCAAGACCAGUUACUCCUGCCUCUCCCAUUCCAAAGACUCGCUUGGAGAAGGUCGACGAUGACCCCAGCUAUGGCGAGGUUCCUGGAACACCGGCAUAUGAAAAACGGAUACAAGAUGCGGUGCCUGAUGAGGUGGAGAUAAUCCCCGAAGGUCGCCUAAGUAAACGUUCCUCCCAACUCCUCGAACCUCCAACCACUCCUGGCGGCAGUGUCAUCCCCCGUACCGUGGUAGAAAAAGUCGACCCCGAGUCUCCAAGUUAUGGCGAAGUCCCCGGAACUUCGGCCUAUCUGCAGAGACAGAUGGAUUCGGCUCCCGAUGUUAUCCUCAAGAGCCCUAAACCGGGGGAGAGAUCGAGCUAUUCGGAGGACGAUACUACAAGUAGACCAAGAUCUACCUCAAAUAUCUCCAUUCCGGAGACGGUUAUUACACGAGCUGAUACCGUUCCAACUCUGGGUGACGCACGGGCUACCGAAUUACGCAAGAAACCGGUGUUAGAUGCGGCGGCGGAAAUUUCAGAAAGCAAAAGUCAGGGAGCAGGGUCACCCAAACUCGACAGAUCCAUGAGAAGCUCGAGACGCAGAUCGACCCUUCAGAACGAUAAUGAUGGGAAUGAUGAUGAUAACGACGGCAAUGAAUUUGGAGACGAUUUCGAUAACUUUGAGGAAGGCGCCCAGACUGGAGCUGAUGAUGACUUUGGGGACUUCGAUGAAGGAUUCCAGAAACCUGAAGCUGAAGCUGAAACUGUGGACCCACCGCCUGUAUCUACCUCUCAAAACAAUUCCAUUCCCGCCGAGCCCUUCCCCCUGAUAAACUUCGAUGCCUUGACAUCUCUACCCGAUCUUCUCACCGCCACACAAAUCCAUCUCGACGCCAUGUUCCCAUCGUCUACAGCUGAAAAGAUUUCCUCGAUUCCACAGGAAGAACCCAUCCCAGACUCUUCCCCCAUCUUUCCAUCCGACCGGUCACGGUCAUUAUGGAAACAACUCAUUACACCACCCCCCCUUCAACCACCUAAUUGGACUCAGUCCCGGAUUCGACGUCUCUUUCUGGUCAGCCUCGGCGUUCCCGUCGAUUUAGACGAGAUUCUCCCUCCAUCAAAACAGAAGAAACUAGUCCUUCCAGACAUCAACUUGGAACCGUCGCCUCGGAAAUCGGAAUCCGACAAGAUGCUGGGAUCGGUUGCGCGGUUAAAGGCACAAGCGGCUAACGACUCAACAGGCUCAGUUGACAGCAACCAGUCGGGUGCAAAGGAACGGGUCAGUCGGUCCAAACGACCCAGAGGUCCUCCGCCUCCUCCAGAACUAGAUUUGGCGGCUGUGAAGCGACUCUGUGCGACGACAGACGAGAAACUAGAUGGCUUCACGGACGAGGAGCUUCAGGAGCACGUCAAGGAGUUGAAAGUCGUCACGGAGAAGACGUCAGAAUUGUUGGAAUACUGGCUCAAAAGACGGGAUGGGCUGCGGAAGGAAAAGGAGGCAUUUGAGGGUGUCAUUGAGAAUCUUGUCAGGCAUGCGCGGAGGGUGAGGAAGUGA